UACAGCACUAUUACAAAUCAAAUUCAAAGACUUUAUAACAUGGCUUCAUGGAAGAAAACUAUUGCAACACCAUUCAAGAAAGCUUGCACUUUCUUCAACCAACAACCACCAAGGGAACAUAAGAAAUCUCAAAUAGAACAAGAGAAUCGUGUAAUGGAUCUACAUGGUGAAGUCAUGGCUUGUGGUUAUGAAGAUGUUCAUGUUAUGUGGUCAAUACUUGAUAAAUCCAAAUCAUCAUCUUGUAAUAUAACUUCUUCAUAGCAUCCUCUUUUCAUCUAUAAAAGAAAAAGUAUAUAUAUUCAGAAAGGAAAAGGAAAAGAAAAAAGAAAAAAUAAAUAAUCAAAGUGUUAUUAUUAGGAAUCCACAUGAUGAUUGAUAUGUGCGAAUCAUGGUGAGAUUUUUUUUGUUGUGAAUUGUAGAUUUUUUUUUCUUUAUCCAUACUUUGAUUCUACCUUUCUAUGCUUCUUAUGCAACAGAGUACAGAGUAUUUGUUUUCAAGAAGAUCUUAUACUCAUCUAAGUUUAUUAAAAUAAAAAUUAUU